UUGGUAAGAGGCCACGGCGUAAUCGUAGGACGACGACGAAACAUAUUUUUCUUUAGUGUUUAUUUUAUUUUUGUGUUGGGUUUCAGUUUCAAAGAGUCCCACCAAUGACCAAAAAGUGCUCCAAUGCAUGAUUAUUACGUUGGAGCCUCUUCGAUAGAGAGAUUUUUGCUUUCUCAAUUUAUUAUUUUUUGUGUCUCUCUCUCGCCCGAUUUGGAGUUUUUAGGGUUUGAUUUUUGUAAUGUGAGAAAGGUUUCGUUAUGUUAAAGAGGCACUCUAUCGCCAUUCUCUCCAGAAUCGCAAGCUUCGAUUCCCAUAAAACCCUUAUGUCUUCCUUUACCGAUCCCCUUUUUCUGCGAUCGCUUUACUCUCCUCGAUCCAUCGCCAUCAGAUUUCAUGGAGAUUUUGCUCAUAGACUCUACAAUCCCAUUCAAAUUUACAACAACAACAACAACAACAGUGGCUCUUGUAAUGGUUUGUUCAAGGUUAAAGGUGGAGGAGGAAAGCCGAAAGGAUUCACCUUGCGAAGUUGUUUUGAUUCUCAUAAGAAACCUGAUCAAAAGGCUCGAGCUUUAACUCAACAUCGCCGCUUUCUCCAUGAUCUGGGAUCUGGGCCUAGUGAAGAACGCGCCGCUGCCGGAACUACCGACCUUGCCGAUGGCCGUGGUGCAUAUCUGCGUACGAGGUUUCAAGGAAAUGAUAAGAUUGUUGUGGCUGUUGACAUAGAUGAGGUUCUUGGAAACUUUGUCUCGGCCCUUAACAGAUUCAUUGCGGACCGCUAUUUGUCGAACCAUUCAGUCUCAGAAUACCAUGUCUAUGAGUUCUUCAAGAUAUGGAACUGCUCUCGCAACGAAGCCGACUUACGUGUUCAUGAAUUCUUUAAGACAUCAUAUUUCAAGAAAGGGAUCCAUCCUCUUCCAGGUGCCCAUAAGACUCUUCACAAGCUAUCAAAAUAUUGCGACAUGUCAGUUGUGACGUCCCGGCAGAAUGCGAUAAAGGAGCACACACUUGAGUGGAUCGAGAUACAUUUCCCGGGACUAUUUAAACAGAUUCAUUUUGGGAACCAUUUUGCUCUUCAUGGAGAGUCUAGACCAAAGUCUGAAAUCUGCAGAUCAUUUGGAGCAGAGAUAUUGAUUGACGAUAACCCAAGAUAUGCCGAGGAAUGCGCUAACAUUGGAAUGAAGGUUCUCCUCUUUGACUAUGAAAAUUCAUACCCUUGGUCUAAGACAGAGUCUGUGGAUCGGCAUCCUUUGGUGACUAGAGUUCAUAAUUGGGAAGAGGUGGAGCAGCAGAUUCUCUCAUUGGCAGUGUCAAAGUGUUAAAUAUUUUCUGCAACAAGAAAUGUUAUUUUGCCAGUGCAGAAUUAUAGUAUUGUACAAACUUGAUGGGAGAAAUAAGUAGCAAACAGAGAUGGAAUUAGCUUUAAUUGUCCCUUUUUAGCAUCAUUUCAAUCUAUUUUUUUUUAUAAUUUAGUUUUGUUGUUGCAAAUACAUUUGAUCUGAUGUAUAUAAAUUAAAUAAAGUUUUUAUUUCAAAUUCA